GGACUAUGGAUGAUAUCAGAACUGUGUGUGAAGAUCUUCCACCCAUUUCUGAGGGAGGACCAAAGUUUGUGGGAAAACUGAGACUGUUUGUUGAGGGUUGGAAGCCAUCCAUCAAUGAACUGGCAAGAGCAUGUGCAUGCAAACUCAAGCUGGACUGGACAAAAGUCCAAGGGCCACUACCUCUUACUACUGAUAUCUUUUAUGAUGCCACAGUGGGAGGCAGAUUUCAGACUGAGUAUACAAACCUGUGCAACAGAAUCGAAAAAGGAUUUCCAGUUAGACUGGAUCUCACAAAACUGUCUCAAACCAGACAGAUGGAAGGGGAGCAUGUCAACGAUUUUCUCCACAGACUUGAGGCUGUGCAUGAAGCUCAUUGCGGGAUUGACAAACCAGAGGAUUAUCCUGGUCUAGUCCUCUCAGCCUGGGAAAGCCACUUGAAGGAACGAUUCCUGAGCGGUCUGAGAAUUGAGAUUCAGAAGAAAGUGAGAGACGACUGUGUAGAAGCAGAAACUGGAAGACUCCAAACAAUCUUGGCAUUUGCGGUACAUGUUGAAAAGAGACUGAAUGAAAAGAAACAGAGAAGUAAGGAAGACAGAGAAAGAAAAGAGCAUCAGCUUCAAUGCGCAGUUUUAGAAGCUGCAAAAGGUGGUUUCGGACGUGGACGAGGUCGAGGUCGAGGAAAGGGAAAACAAAAAGGAAAAGGAAAGUCAGGUCCAGAUGGCGAAAAGGAUUUCUCAAAGUACAAGUGUUAUAACUGCAACCAACUUGGGCACAUUGCUAGAAACUGCCCUAAAAAAGGACAAUGUCCGAGACGAACAAUUUGAGGAGGAGGAGGUGGAAUGAAGGGUACAGGGAAUGAACAUCACAUCCACCAGACACCAAGAAUCCGGUAGCCUGCCUUCUUCUUACUCUGCACAAGCAGCUGAGCUUGUAGCUCUCACGGAGGCGUGUAAAUUUGCAGCAGGCCAUACCGUAACCAUUUACACAGACUAGUUUUGGGGUUGUUCACAGCUUUGGGACAUUGUGGAAGCAAAGAAACUUCCUAACGUCAUCAGGUAAGGCGAUUGCACACCACACUCUUGUGUCAGCUCUUCUGGAUGCCGUUUUACUACCUAAACAAGUUGCAGUGGUACAUGUUCGUGCACACACAAACGGCUCGUCCCCUGAAGCACAGGGCAAUGCACGAGCUGAUGCAGCUGCAAAAAAAGCUGCUAGAGACCCGACUUACUUUUCAAUACAAGCAACAGUCAUUGAACCUCAGGACGUGACUGUUGAUGAGAUUCAACAGGCUAGAACAGCCAAGGAUGUAAAAGCCUGGCGUAGUUCGGGGUGUACGUUUAAUGGGAAGAUUUGGAAAGGCCCUGAUAACAAACCAUGUCUACCUUCCUAUUACUUUCCUUAUUUUGCGAAAAUGGCCCAUGGUGUGGACCAUUGUUCGAGGGGAGGAGUGGUGGAUGCAGUUGGACAACAGUGGUUUGUUAAAGGCUUCUCAAAUUACUCACAAACUUUUUCAAAAAAGUGUUUAACCUGCCUGAAGGUAAAUUCAGCAGGUGCAGUUCAAAAAAACCCACACACACGGACAUCCAGAACCUGAUAUGCCAUUUGAUCACUUACAAAUGGAUUUCAUUGAAUUGACACCAUGUCAGAAAAAGAAGUAUGUGCUUGUGAUCGUUGACAUGUUCUCCAAAUGGGUGGAAGCCUACCCAACAACUCAUCAGGACACACUAACGGUAGCCAAAAUCCUGAUGAGAGAGAUUAUUCCUAGAUUUGGUAUUCCUAGGAAAAUAUCCUUGGACAAUGGACCCUCCUUUGUGGGAAAAAUCCUGACACACAUUAGUGAUGUGAUUGGCAUGCCAUUGCACAAACACUGCGCUUAUCAUCCACAGAGUGCAGGUUUGGUAGAGAGAACAAAUGGCACAAUUAAACAAAAAUGGAUUAAGGUCUGUCAGGAGACAGGGUUAAAUUGGGUGGAAGCCCUUCCAUUAGUCUGUAUGAGUUUGAGACAGAGAGUGUCAUCAAGAACAAAACUCUCGCCGUUUGAAAUAAUGUUCGGACGGCCACCAAACACGGGAUGUGCUCCCAAAAGGGACACAUUAGCCCUAGAAGACGAUCACAUGCACAGAUAUUGUGCAACGCUGUGUUCUGUGUUGUCUGAUGUGCACAGGAGGGUGAAGGAGUCUUUACCUAGUCCGGCAGUGACGGGACACACUGUACAACCAGGAGACUGGAUCCUGACUAAGGUCUACAAGAGGGCUAACUGGAAAGCUGAUCGCUGGCAAGGACCAUUCCAGGUGUUGUUGGUUACU